CAUGAUGUCAUUCCGCAAACACGGAGGACUCAUCAACCUCUGCCAUAUACAAGAUUUCGUGUGGAAGACUGUAGUGGGUUGUAUGUGCAUGCUGACUCUGAAGUCUGAGAGGAGCUACAUGCGGAAGAUGCACGAGAACAACUUCAGGUCUGCCAGGUGUCUCAAACAACUCGCGUCCUACAUCACUAUUCUCACCACCAACAGAGCCACGAAAAACCACUCAAGUCAACACACAAACACAGAUUUCUCAGAUCCGACAGAAGACAAUCUGGGCGAGGGAUCGAUGCAGUACCUCUCUCCCUCUGUGCAGAACUUCAUUCACAACAUCCUAAGAGCGAUGGAGGCGACUCUGUGUGACUUCCUGACGAAGACGAGAGAGGAGGCUGUGAGGGAGGUGACGAAAGUGCAGUGGAUGAUACUAGCAGACAUCCUAGACCGACUGUUCUCCAUCCUCUUCAUAGUCAUCACUGCACUAUUCGCUCUAUACUUCCGAUUCAAUGUGCACUUCAGAUCUCACCAGCAUCUGCAGAACUUGAAAGAGCUCUAUGACGGAAUGGAGGAUCACGCUUGUUGAUGAACAUAAACAAAACUACUAAGAGUUGAAAUGAACUUCGAA